AUGGCGGCCAAUCUUUCCGCUCGGGCUCGGGAAAUCAUCACCGGCAAUGAGCUGCCCGUGGGGUGCCAGGUCAUUGCUCUGCAGAGCGAAAUCGGCUAUGCCACUGUGAAGGAAACAGAGUUGUGCAGCCAGGGGUUUUGGCACGUGGGCGUGGUCAUGCGUGUCAGGCACCGUGGUUCUUGUGACUUGCAGGAGAUUGGGAAGCACUAUGGCUUCUUGUAUGCUCUCUGCCAAGACUACCCAGAUCGCGUUCCUUCGGGCUUCCUGCUGACGGACAUUUGGCUUCGCCUGGACGAGAAGUUCAGGGGUGGCCUCGUCAAGCCGGCGCCGCCGGAUUCGAAAGUGACACACGCAGCGAAGGAGGCCAAGCGCCUCAAGAAGCUGAUGGGGUCGCUGCGGUAUUUGUACCGCAAUGGCUUCCUUGAUGCAACUGCCAGUUUGACAAUGUACCAGUGGCAGUCCACGAACUUCUUUCAGAAUCUUCAGGCCCGUGCUAUGUGCACUUAG